AUGGAGGAAGCUCAAACUCAAACCCAAGUUUCCAAAUCUACAUUCAAGAGAAAGCAAAGAAAAACCCAGCAAAAAUCUCACAUGGGUAAUGCAGUGCAUGAAUCUUUAUCCAGCUUUAACCAACUGAGAGCAGAGAGUGCUCAACGAAGAGCCCGAAAACAGAGAAGGGAAGAGUACAUGAAGACUAAUCAGCCCAGUGAUGUAAAGAAUGGUGGUGAAGAAGAUGGUGACAAGGAGGAGGAGGUGGAGAAGAAGAUUGAGGCAUUGCAGAAGAUUGUGCCAGGGGGGGAGUCAUUUGGAGUUGACAAGCUGUUUGAAGAGACUGCUGGGUACAUAAUGGCCUUGCAGGGUCAGCUCAAAGCCAUGAAAGCUCUUGCAAGCUUUGUUGAAGGUUUGGAGAAGGAGAAGAGGAAGUUUGGAGGUUGA